UUCCGGAAACCCGUUCCCACCGACAGUUGGUCUCAACCAUUGGUGGCCGACAAGUGGCCCAACCCUUGCCAUCAGCCGCCACUACUGGUGCCGUUGAUGCAAAACAAAAACCUCAGCGAAGACUGCCUUUACCUAAACAUAUGGGCGCCGACUGCUACUACCAUGAGGUCAGGGGUCACCGGACGUAAAGCUAGCAAACAGAGGUCAACAACGAGUGGACGUAAGACUAGUCGUGUCAGUAAACGUCAGUCAGCGGGACUUAAGCCGGUUAUGUUUUACGCCCACGGGGGCGGGUUCACUGUGGGCUCAUCCAAUGAACUACGCUAUAGAGGCGAAGCGUUGGCCACGUAUGGGGACGUAAUUGUGGUUAACUUUAACUAUCGAUUGAAUACAUUAGGAUUUCUAUAUACGGGAACGGAUGACGGACCCGGAAAUGUGGGUCUCUGGGACCACGCGCUGGCACUGGAGUGGGUGCACAAGAAUAUCAAAAACUUU